AGGAGGGGCGGGGCUUGUGUGCCGGUUCACGUACCUGUACGGAGAGCUCAGGAGUCCAGACAGCACGUGAACGCAGCAUUAAAGCGACACUGGUGCCAGGCUGGAUCCGGUUCACUUCCGGUCUGAUGCACCUGCUGCUUCAACCUGCCGGACACUUUAAACUGAAACACCGUGAGCAGAAGCUCAGCUGAUCGAUCAGUUUAUUGAUCAGCCUGUUGAUCAGUUUCUACUGACCCCUCCCCCUCUCAGCUGCUCAGUUUCACUUCCUGGUUUUUCUCAGGUGAGCUCACAGGCUGAUCCGGAUCAACAGACUGAGAUCGACAGACGAUGUUUGAGAAUGUCCCGACAGUGUCCGCAGCCGAGCGGCACCAGGUUCUGGGAGCUCUGGAGCGUCUGCAGGCCAAACUGGUCCAGAGGGAAGAGUGGACCCACAGUGAGACCAUGGGGAACCUGAGGGAGACCCUGCAGAGCCCGCUGUUCAACCACAUCCUCACCCUGCAGCACUCCAUCAAACAGCUCCGGAACCAGCUGAGCAGUAUGCCUCCUGACGCCUGCAGCGAGUUCAGUUUCUCCAAAAAGGGUCAGCUGAUCAUGAGCACCAUCAAUUCAGCCAGCAGCUUGGCCCCGCCCAGCCUGUCCGCCUCAUCCUCCAUCCCGACCAGUGGCUCGUCUCCGCCCAUCCAUCAGACUCCGCCCUCAUCUGACCUCCUGCAGAAAUGGAUCGUUGACGCCGCCAAGGGCCGUCACACGGACCUCGUCAGCCUGACCCGGCCUCUGUCUGGCGGUCUGGGCUUCAGCGUGGUCGGUCUGAAUCCAGCAGGAACCAGCAGCCAGGGCGUGUUCGUCAAACACAUCCAGCCUGGAGGCGUCGCUCACAGGGACGGGCGUCUCCAGGAGCGGGACCAGAUCCUGGUGAUCAACGGGAGCCCUCUGGAGGCGGGGAUCAGCCAGCAGCAGGCGCUGUCCCUGCUGCAGCAGCCCGGAGACACGGUGGAGCUGGUGGUGGCCAGGGACCGCCCACCCAACGCAUCAUCACAACCUGCCGCCGCCAUGAGCACGGAUCAGUGGGGUCACAUGGAGGAGAUCGAGCUGGUGAACGACGGGUCUGGUUUGGGCUUCGGCAUCGUGGGAGGGAAGACGAGCGGCGUGGUGGUCAGGACGCUCGUCCCAAACAGCGUGGCCGACAGGGAUGGGCGUCUCCGCACGGGUGACCACAUCCUUCGCAUCGGGGCGACGCCCACUAGCGGCCUCACCAGCGACCAGGUCGUCAAGGUGCUGCAGGGCUGUGGGAGUCAGGUGACCAUGCUGAUCGCCAGGGACCCCCGGGGGACGAGGUCAACGGCCCCACCUCCUCCACCACCUCCAGACUCCGCCCCCGUCACCGCCUUACCCCCCCGACCUCCGGACGUGCCCCCCCAACGCCGACUCAGCAAGACGCCCAACCUGGAAGGAUACGAGAUCCACGAGGUUCCUCUGACCAAGAAGGACGGACAGAGCCUCGGCAUCUCCAUCAUCGGAUACAACCCGCUGACCAGCCAAGAUGCAGUCGGUGUGUUUGUCAAACACGUGGUUCCCGGCAGCGCAGCAGAUCAGAGCGGAAACAUCAGAGUCCACGACCGACUGAUCGCUCUGGAUGGUGUCAGUCUUCACGGUCUGACCAAUCAGGAGGUUCUGGAGGUGAUGAAGAGGACGGGUCAGACUGUGGUUCUGUCUGUGAUCAGGAAGAAACCCAGAGCUUUGGAGAGGUCCCUGGAUAAAGUGGAGAGGGAGCCGUCCCGCGUGUCGCUGAGGAGAUCUCUGGACGUCAAGGCUCGCUCGUCCGGCUUCAGCUUCACACCGAAGCACGAAACGACGUACUCGACGACAGCGCUGCUGACGAGAGCUACAGACGCAGAGCUGAGGGCUAAAUGGGAGGCGGCUCUGGGACCACAGUACCAAGUUCUGGUGGUGAACUUGGAUCCGGUCAUUGAAGACGAUGCUGAGCUGCAAAAAUCCUCCAAGCUGCUGCCCAUCCACACUCUGCGCCUCGGGGUGGAGCUGGACUCGUUCGACGGUCACCACUACAUCUCCUCUGUGGCUCCUGGAGGCCCCGUGGACAAACAUGGGCUCCUGAGACCAGAGGACGAGCUGCUGGAGGUGAAUGACGUUCAGCUGUACGGUAAGUCUCGUCGGGAGGUCGUGUCCUUCCUUAAAGAAGUUCCUCCUCCGUUCACUCUGGUCUGCUGCCGACACCCGACCUCGGACCUGGAACCAGAACCAGAGUCUGAAUCUGAACCGACACUACGACUUGGACCAGAACCGGUACGACAGCCACAGAGCAGCGUGGAGGAGAUCGAGCUGAAGCUGUCGGCGAUGCUCUGCAGUCAGACAGACACGAGUGAGUGGCAGCAGGCAGCUCGACAGGAGCACGUUUCUCCUGUAAGGGAGGUGCUGAUGGAGGAGAACAUUCAACUCAGCCAGGAGGAGGAGGAGGAAGAGGAGGAGGAGGGGGAAGAUGAUGAAGAGGAGGAAGAUGAUGAAGAGGAGCUGGCUCUGUGGUCUCCAGACGUUCAGGUGUUGGAGCUACAGAAGGAGAGAGACAAAGGCCUCGGCUUCAGCAUCCUGGAUUACCAGGACCCUCUGGAUCCGGGCCGCUGUGUGAUGGUGAUCCGUUCUCUUGUUCCCGGUGGUUCUGCAGAGCAUCAUGGCGGUUUACUUCCUGGAGACCAGCUGGUGUCGGUCAACCAGACCCAGCUGGACCUGCUCAGCCUGGCCGAGGCUGUGGAGGUCCUGAAGUCCGCCCCGCCCGGCGCGGUCCGGCUCGGCAUCCGCAAACCUCUGGUGGUGGAGAGACCGGAGAGGACGGACCAGGUGUGUCUGUACGACACACACCUGUCUGUGCCAAAGGGUUUCGGUGACGGCUCCAUCCUGCCUGAAGACCUCCGACAAGACCAGGAGCAGGAGGAGGAGGAGGAGGAGGAGCCGGAGCUGAUCCUGGAUGGAGGUCUACCUCGCUACAGCUCCUUCUCUCGGACCUCCACUGACCUCCUGCCUGUAGAGGAGGGCAGGGAGAUGGCCGUGGACGAGGAGGUGAUGGAGACAGAGGAGGAGGAGGACAAGGAGGACGGCGUGAGGAAGCAGGAGAAAGUGGAGGAGAGCACGGGCUCCCUCCCCAGGAAACCUCCUCCGUCGUGGGAGGAGUGGAAGCUCGCUUCGUUGAGCCGGGCUAGAGGAGGAGCAGAGGAGAUUUGGACACAUCGGCAGCGAGAGGACGAAGACCUGCAGAGACCGGACCAGGAAGGACCCGGACAGAACCUGGACCUGGACUCCAGAGACAGUGAAGCCGACUCUGAACUCACUCUGACCGACACCGACACAGAGUCCGUCAUGAUUGACACAGAGAGGAGGAAGAGGCGGAGCCAAGGAGGAGCCUCUCUACCAAUCAGAGGAGGCCACGGUGACCUUCCUGAAAGAGAGGAGGGGGAGGGAGAGGAGACUCCUGCCUUCAGUCACUGGGGACCCCCCCGCAGGGUGGAGGUGUGGCCUGAGGAGGGUCAGUCUUUGGGUCUGAGCAUCGUUGGAGGUCGUCAUGUGAUCAAGCGUCUGAGGAAUGGGGAGGAGCUGAAGGGGAUCUUCAUCAAACAGGUUCUGUCCAACAGUCCUGCUGCCAAGACGCGCUGUCUGAAGACCGGGGACAAGAUCCUGGAGGUGUCAGGUGUCGACCUACAGGCUGCCAGUCACGAGGAGGCGGUCAGCGCCAUCAAAUCCGCUCCGAGUCCCGUCGUGUUCGUCGUCCAGAGUCUGUCGGCGACUCCACGGCCUGUGUCUCUGACAGCUCCCAGCUACAGUAAACACAGAGCAGACAGGACAGAGCCUCCGCAACCAGCUGUGGCCCCACCCCCUCUGAGGCAGCCCCCGCCCUACAGACCUCCCAGCCAAUCAGAGCAGGAGCAGAACUCUGACCUGGAGCAGGUCAAAGAGCGUUGGUGUGAGCGUUAUGGAGACCUUCGGGGGGAGCUGCUAUGCGUGGAGCUGGAGAAGGACCGGCAGAGUUUGGGUCUCAGCCUGGCGGGAAAUAGAGAUCGUUCCCGCCUCAGCAUCUUCGUGGUGGGACUCCAUCCGGGGGGGCCAGCUGCUAGGGAUGGACGCAUCCAGGUCGGAGACGAGAUGCUGGAGAUUAACAACCAGAUCCUUUAUGGGCGGAGUCACCAGAACGCUUCGGCCAUCAUUAAGAGCGCCGCCUCCAAGGUGAAACUCAUCCUGCUCAGAAAUGAAGAUGCUAUAAAUCAGAUGGCCGUCCCCCCCUUCUCGACUCCACCUCCUCCUCCGCCCAUCCUCAGCCCUGUCAGCUCAGAGUCUGGCUGUCCUCCUCUCGGUGUCUCUGACGGACCCCGCCACCCUGACAGCCUGACGCUCCACCCAUCCUCAGACCUGCCGGACGAGCUGAGCGAUGAAGCCGAGCUGAACAACAGGAACAGAAGCAGCAACAGCGCCCCCAAGAGUCUGAGAGAGAGCGACACCUUCAAGAAGAGGCUGAAUGUUGCGAGAGUCUCCGAAAAACGAGCUGCAGCCUCAAGGGCAUCGCUGUGA